GGCGCGCGCGGGCUGGGAGCGGCGGAGAGUGGUGGUCUCCCUGCCGACUUGGGGGCUGGCUGAGUCCGCGUGCCGGCAGCACACAGAAUGUCCCUGGCUGCUUAUUGCAUCAUCUGUUGCAGAAGAAUGGGAACCUCAACUCCUCCGCCAAAAAGCACCACACACUGGAGAGAUGUCAGAAAUAUAAUAAAGUUUACUGGAUCACUUAUUUUAGGAGGUUCUUUAUUUAUUACAUAUGAAGUUCUGGCCUUGAAGAAGUCUUUGACAUUAGAUACUCAAGUGGUAGAAAGAGAAAAAAUGAAGUCAUAUAUAUAUGUGCACACAGUUUCUUUAGAUAAAAGAGAAAAUCACGGAAUCACCUACCAGGCAAGAAAAGAGCUUCACAAAGCAGUAAGAAAAGUAUUGGCAACAUCAGCCAGGAUAUUACAGGGUCCAUUUGCUGACACCUUUAGUACAAUUGACGUAGAAGAUCACGAAUGUGCUGUGUGGCUGCUCCUGAGGAAGAGUAAGUCCGAUGACAGAGCAGCACGACUGCAGGCUGUGCAGGAAAUGUCAGAGACCCAUCACUGGCAUGAUUACCAGUAUAGGAUAAUUGCUCAAGCCUGUGAUCUGAGAACUCUUAUUGGUCUGGCACGAAGCAAAGAUAGUGAUCUUCGCUUUUUUCUCCGCCCACCUCCUUUACCAUCUUUAAAAGAAGAUUCUUCCAUUGAAGAAGAGCUCAGACAGUUGCUGGCUUCUUUACCUCAAACAGACCUAGAUGAGUGUAUCCAGUAUUUUACAUCUUUGGCUCUGAGUGAAAGCAGUCAAAGUCUAGCUGCUCAGAAGGGUGGUUUAUGGUGUUUUGGAGGAAAUGGACUUCCUUAUGCUGAAAGUUUUGGAGAAGUUCCUUCCGCUACAGUGGAAAUGUUCUGUUUGGAAGCUUUAGUAAAACAUUCUGAGAUACCCACACAUUGUGAUAAAAUUGAAGCAAAUGGAGGCUUACAACUACUGCAGAAGCUGUACCAACUUCACAAGGACUGUCCUAACGUACAGAGAAAUAUAAUGCGUAUCCUUGGAAAUAUGGCUUUGAAUGAACACCUUCAUUCUACUAUAGUUCGCUCAGGCUGGGUUUCCAUACUGGUAGAAGCAAUAAAGUCCCACGACAUUAUGGAGGCCUCACAUGCCGCCAGAACCCUGGCUAAUCUAGACCGAGAGACUGUGCAAGAUAAGUACCAGGACGGCGUGUACGUGCUGCACCCCCAGUACCGCACAAGUCAGCCCAUUAAAGCAGAUGUCCUGUUUAUUCACGGCCUUAUGGGAGCAGCGUUCAAAACGUGGCGCCAGCAGGACAGUGAUGAGGAUUUAACCGAAAAGGUUUCGGAGGAUGAAAGCAAGUACACAACAUGUUGGCCCAAGUCGUGGUUAGCAAGAGACUGUCCCGCUCUCCGAAUUAUAUCUGUGGAGUAUGACACCAGCCUUAGCGACUGGAGAGCAAGGUGCCCUAUGGAAAGAAAGUCCAUUGCAUUCAGGAGCAACGAACUUCUGAGGAAGCUCAGAGCUGCUGGUGUUGGGGAUAGGCCAAUGAUUUGGGUAUCCCAUAGCAUGGGAGGUCUUCUUGUCAAAAAGAUGCUGUUGGAAGCCUCUAAGAAGCCAGAAAUGAGUACUAUUAUAAACAAUACCAGAGGAAUAAUUUUUUAUAGCGUCCCUCAUCAUGGAUCCCACCUGGCUGAAUACUCUGUUAAUAUUCGCUAUCUUCUCUUUCCCUCUUUGGAAGUCAAAGAACUCAGCAAGGAUUCUCCUGCACUUAAAACACUACAGGAUGACUUUCUGGAGUUUGCAAAAGAUAAAAACUUCCAGGUGCUGAGUUUUGUAGAAACACUACCAACCUACAUUGGUAGCAUGAUUAAACUCCACGUGGUGCCCCUGGAAUCAGCAGAUCUAGGCAUUGGAGAUCUAAUUCCUGUGGACGUUAACCAUUUGAACAUUUGUAAGCCAAAGAAAAAGGAUGCUUUUUUGUACCAACGUACCUUACAAUUCAUCUGUGACACUUUAGCCAAAGACCUGGAAAAUUGACAAUUGUCUUCUUCUGUUUUCACACAUGAAUACAGUGCAAGAAACGUGGUGUUCUCUCUUUUUAAGCUCUACGCAAUCAUGCAAAUGUAGUCAUUAUGGCAUUAAUGUGGCCUGGAGUAUGUUGCAGGCAACAGAAUAUUGUUCUGUAAAACACAAACCCAGAAGUGGCAAUCACAGAAAGAAGCGCUAGACUGGAUUCUUCUGAUUUAAAAAACUUCCAUAUGUGCCAGUUUAUGUUUUGCAGUGUUGUUCCUGGUGAUUGAUUGAUUGAUAGGGAGCAAGCUGCUAUGGCUAAAGGAUGUGAUCUGUGACUUUUGUCAUCUGUGACUGUCCCUGGCUCAUGCUGGGAGCAGCACUGAUGGCUUCUGCAGGGAGAGCCAUCACCAGUUUACCACAGAAAUGCCUGUUGGAGGGUACCUAAAAUGGAGAGAGAAUGAACUUGAACAUAAAGACUCCUCUGUUUUGGGUCAGGGUUUCCAUGUGCUGUAAGUUUUUAAAACUUGUCAGUGUAAACCUUUGUGUAACAUGUUAGCUUUGUUACACGCCUUGUCAUCCAUGGGUCAUUUCCUUGUAAGUUUUUAUUUUCAUGUUGCUGAGAACAAAUAUUUCUCUUUUUAAAAAAUUUCUAGCCUAUAAUAAUUCUUUUCAGCCUGUAGCUACCUAAACUUUUAAU